AUGGAGAUGAGGCUGCCAGGAGCUGCCCUUCUGCUCUGCCUGGUGGAUGUCCUCCACGCCUCUGCCGCUGAGGAGAGAGGAGCAGUGCUGCAGGGCACAGCCUGUCCUGCCUUCCUCAUGUUUGACAACGCAGCCUACUUGGCCGACAUGACCUUCGAGCUGCCCUGCAGCUGCAAGCCGCAGGAGGUCUCCUCUGUCACCUGGUACUUCCAGGAGAAGGCAGGCAGCCGCAGAACCACAGUGCUGACAGACUUCGCCGGCACCGUGAUCGUGGACUCCAGCCACAUCCGCACGGGCAGCGCCGUGCUGCAGCGCUUCAGCAUCCGCAUGUUCAGCCUCAUCGUCUUCCGAGCGCAGGUGAGGGACUCGGGGCACUACCUGUGUGGCACCGAGGAAGGGCACUUCUUCUACGGCUACGACGUGGACGUGCAGCCCACCGAGCACCUCAGGGUGGCUUUUGUGGACCGAGGCCAGCACGUCCAGGACGACUACACGAGGAAGCUGUUCAGGCUCUUCACCGCCUUCUGGGACUGGAGCAGAUGCGACCGCUGCGGGGUGAGGGGCGAGCAGCGGCGCAUUGGGCUCUGCUACCUGCGGAGCGGCCAGCUGCACCCCCGCUACCGCACCGCCGUGCCCAACGUCACCUCCUGCGGCUCCAGGGCUGUCCCCGCCCGUUUCCAGCGCCCCCUCCGCCUCCACAGCCCCGAGCUGGCCAUCCGAAGCUGCCUGACCCCUUGCCAGAAGAAGGACGCCCCCGAGGAAGGCGUCCAGGCCAUUUCCAACGUCAUCGCCAAGCUGGGAGAGAAGCCCUGGCAGCCUCGAGUGCCCACCCAGUUCCACAGGCAGCCCGCGGGGAGCAGCCUGACCCUCGGCUGCCCGGGAGCCCGCCCCGAGCACGCCGUGGCCUGGGACAGGGGCUCGGUGCGGCUGUACCGCUCCCGGUACCUGCUGGGCGUCAACAGCAGCAUGAGAGUCUUCAUCGACCACGGCGACCACCUGCACAUCCGGCGGGUGCGGCUCAGCGACAGGGGCACCUACUACUGCUGGCGGCAGGGGCGGCUGGCGGCAGGCUUCAGGCUCAGCAUCACCUACCCAGCGCGGCGCCGGCGCACGGUCCACGACCCCGAGACCAUCUACGCCAUCAAAGCCAUCGGCGCCAGCUACGUCCUCAUCACCAUCAUCUUCAUCGUCCUGCAAGUCUGCUGCUGCUGCUGGCGGCUCUGCAGGGGCCUUGCCAGGUCGUAG